AUGCCUUACAAGGGAAUAUUACCGUUAUUAAUGCUCUUCGUGACCGUGCAAUGCAGCUUCAAUUCCACCGAGAUUUGCUCAUUACUCUCCAACGGCACCCGUAUCAAAGAUCCUCGGGCUUGCAACGCUUGGAUAACUUGCAUUGAAGGAAUCCCAUAUAAUGGCAAAUGUGCGGAUGAUCUCUUCUACGAUCGCAACACCUAUUCUUGUGUAGAUCCGAACAGCAUAAAGUGCAUUUCAAGCAAUCCAUGUGCGGCAUUAAACGGAGCUAGUGGCUUUGCAGCUGAUCCAUAUUCGUGCAAUGGCUACUAUUAUUGCAGUAAAGGAGUUGGAACACAUGGCGAAUGCGAGACCGGCUUUAACUUUAAUUCGGGUACGACGGACUGCAUCAGAGGCUAUCCGUGUGUGCUAACUAUGGAUCCGGAUAGUUAUUGCAAUAUCGUGCCCGAUGGCGUAUUCAUUAAAGAUCCAGAUAACUGUGAUGGAUAUCAACUAUGCUGGAAGGAGGAAGUAUUGAACCGCACAUGUCCGACUGGCUAUUACUAUAGUGCAAUUAAUGGUGUCUGCGACUAUCCCUGGGAUGUGGAAUGUGCAUUUACGACGAGUACUACAACAGCUCCAACGGCGACUAGCUUCUGCAACAAGACCGGCAUAUUUGUAUCAGACGGGCGCAGUUGUAAUGGUUAUUAUUAUUGUCGCGCGUCGUCGAGUAGUGCUUCUGGCAUUGAGCUGCAGCAUGGCACUUGCCCCACUGGAAGAUUCUUCGAUGAGGCGAAUGAUGGCGAAUGUGUGCCGCGCACCAGUAUCGUCUGCGAAUAUAAUCGUUGUGUUGGCUUUGCCGGUGAUAGCAUCGAGCUGGCAAACGAAACGAAUGAUGGAUGCCACGGCUACACGGUCUGCCAAGAUGGCGUGGCGAUUGGCAAUGGCACUUGCCCUGAUAAUGGUUACUUCGAUGAGCUCACUCAACGUUGCACCAGCGAGGUGAUAAGCUUUCCAGCCUGUGCAUUUUCUUAG